GGAGCUCUGGCCUCGGAGCAAUUCUCCUAAAUUGGGAAGAGUCCCGGGGUUUUUUCGUGCCGGAGGGGCGGGGGCUGAGAGCGGCGCGGUCUGCGCCUGCGCCGGGGUCCGGGACAGGGCGUGUUUACUCUUCUGUGCCGCUAGCACCCCUUUGCUCCCGGCUGAUCGGUGCGGGUACCCAGACGCCGCUGCCCUCCACAACCAUGUCCAAGUCUUUGAAGAAGCUGGUGGAGGAGAGCCGGGAGAAGAACCAGCCCGAGGUGGACAUGUGUGACCGCGGCAUCUCCAACAUGCUGGAUGUCCACGGCUUGUUUACUUUGUCCCACAUCACACAACUGGUUCUCAGCCACAACAAGCUAACAACUGUGCCUCCAAACGUGGCAGAACUGAAGAAUCUGGAAGUGCUGAACUUUUUCAAUAACCAAAUUGAAGAGCUGCCCACGCAGAUCAGCAGCCUUCAGAAACUCAAACACCUGAACCUUGGUAUGAACAGGUUAAAUACUUUGCCCCGAGGAUUUGGCUCUUUACCAGCCCUGGAGGUCCUUGACUUGACUUAUAACAACUUGAAUGAAAAUUCUCUUCCUGGAAACUUCUUCUACCUUACCACCCUGCGUGCACUUUAUCUAAGUGACAACGAUUUUGAAAUCCUGCCGCCAGAUAUUGGGAAGCUCACAAAGUUGCAGAUACUCAGCCUUAGGGAUAACGACCUGAUAUCGCUGCCAAAAGAAACUGGGGAGCUUACGCAACUGAAGGAGCUGCACAUCCAGGGGAACCGCCUGACUGUCCUUCCCCCUGAGCUCGGAAACUUGGAUUUAACUGGCCAGAAGCAGGUCUUCAAAGCAGAGAAUAAUCCCUGGGUUACCCCAAUUGCUGACCAGUUCCAGCUUGGAGUGUCUCAUGUCUUUGAAUACAUUCGUUCUGAAACAUACAAGUACCUCUAUGGCAGACACAUGCAAGCAAACCCAGAGCCUCCGAAGAAGAAUAAUGACAAAUCAAAGAAGAUCAGCCGGAAACCCCUGACAGCCAAGAACAAAUAAGGAUUUAGUGUGGACUGACACUUCUCUCUCUCUCUCUCUCUCUCUCUCUCUCUCUCAGACACAUACACCACACACACACACACACACACACACACGUGCGCGCUUCAUGCUUUCUUUCUGUUUCUAGUUCUCUAACCUUUACCCUCAUUCCCUUGGCAUUUUUGUCCUCUGGGAAGAUGCUGGAUUUUUGCAGAUACCUGUUUCUGUGUGUCUUAUCAGAGGUGCCAAAUAAAGGAAGCCAAGAUCUGUUCUGACUGCAAAUUCCAAAGAAGGCUCAGCUUUUAAUCCUUGAAUAAGAAUCAUGAAGUUCCAUAUUAUCAAGAAAAAUUAAAGCCUUGUAACCAUUUACUAGAGCUUAACACUGCUCAUUCUUCUAUUUGUGUGUACAUUAACACAUGUAUAAUAGCUUUUAUUCUAUUAAGUCAUGCAAAUAUUCCCCCCUUGUGCUAUCAUCUGUGUCCUUGUACCACCAAGAUACUAUGUUCAUUUUACUAAUAAAUGAUUUUAAUAAAAUCUUU